UCCCACACCACUUGGUGCUGUGACCUGAUUAGGUGCAGGGCGGUCAGACUGGCCGUCGCCUGGCACACCACCCCCAGCUCGCCCCACCCGAACCGCCCUAGACGGCUGUGCUCAAGGCGGACCACGUACUAAGAGGUACGUCGGUAAGGAAACACGCACCACUGCCAGACUCAGUUUCGUGGACGAGGGAAUUAGAGCUCCUCAGGUAGACCGCGACAGAAACUCAUUACCGCCAUUGAAACGCCCCGCCGCCAUUGGAAUGCGCGCCGGAUGCGCGAUGCCAUUAAAACACGUGCCUGAUGCACGAGGUUGCAGCAUGGUCAUGAUACUAUCCUCGCCACGAACCCUGCAUCCGAACGCCGGGACACCGACUGUGCGGGCGGGAUCUUCAGCACUACCAGAACAAGCCGCAGCAGCAAGAGCAGCAGCAGCAGCCGCCGCCGCCGCAUCAGCAGCAGCAUCAGCAGCAGCAGCAGCAGCAGCAGCAGCAGCAGCAGCAGCAGCAGCAGCAGCAGCAGCAGCAGCAGCAGCAGCAGCAGCAGCAGCAGCAGCAGCAGCAGCAGCAGUAGCAGCAGCAGCAGCAGCAGCAGCAGCAGCAGCAGCAGCAGCAGCACCAAAGAGCAAAUCUGCUGCUGCUCGUUGCUCUUAUGCAGACUUCACAAAUGACAUGUCCCCUCAGCAGCAGCAGCAGAAGCAGCAGCAGCAGCAGCAGCAGCAGCAGCAGCAGCAGCAGCAGCAGCAGCAGCAGCAGCAGCAGCAGCAGCAGCAGCAGCAGCAGCAGCAGCAGCAGCAGCAACAGCAGCAGCAGCAGCAGCAGCAGCAGCAGCAGCAGCAGCAGCAGCAGCAGCAGCAGCAGCAGCAGCAGCAGCAGCAGCAGCAGCAGCAGCAGCAGCAGCAGCAGCAGCAGCAGAAGCAGCAGCAGCAGCAGCAGCAGCAGCAGCAGCAGCAGCAGUAGUUGGUGGAGGCACAGUCCCAGCAGCAGCA